AGGGAGAGUGGAGUGUUCUGGCAACACAUUUCGAACGGACCUCUCUAAAAUGCAACACGUUUUCUUUGUCUUCCCAUUUUUUUUUAUUGAAUAAUUCCUCUUGAACAGCAGCAUUACGGGAAACAGCUCUUCAAUUUGAGAUUUCCUUAUCUUUAACUAUUAUACGAAAUGAAGAGUUUUCUUAGCAAGUUCGAAUCCACUCUGCAAUUGCUUCACUCCAAAACAAUCAGCAUACAAAUCUUUUGAAUCCAUUUAAGCCUUCAAUUCCUUUUAUUUUUAAUUUUCGAUUCAGAAAACUGACCCAUCAUUUUUAAGUUUCCGAUGCCGGAACAUAUUCUCAGAUCCAAAAGACUUUCUCCUUUGGCAGUGACAAAUGAGUAUCAAUAGUUCAUUCUCAUCCUCAACAAUGUCUGGGACGAAAACCUUGCAAAGGUGCAGGAACAUGAAGGAAGCUGACAAUGUUGUUCUGAUUGAUGUUGAUUCUGAGCAUUUUGACAGUGUUAUUAUCAUUGAUGUUCCUGAGCCUUUGCCAAAGAAAUGGAGAGGUUCUAGCAUGGUCGAGGAAAAAUGGCCAUUUAGGUCUGUAAUAUGCAUUGAUGAUGAUGAAAGCUCUGACAACGACCAACAUGACGAUCACCACCAAAAUGUUAGUACAGAAAGCAAGAAUGGGCAGCACAAGGAACCCCCAGUUUGUUUUAGUACUGGCAAAACCAGUCCUGGAAAUGAAUCUCCAUCUCCUUUUAUUACAGAAGAGGAUGCCCCCUUUGAUAGCACUUCUUAUGGUUAUAGAAAGUCUGAUGGUCACAAGAGAUCACAUUCUGGAACCAAAGAUCCUCCUUGCAACUAUUCUGAGAAGAAAAAGAACCAACAUUGUGAGCCAGUAAGUCUCAGCUGUCAGAAUGAGGAAAAUUUGAACCCUCCAGCAUCAUCUUAUUCUCCUUACCAUGGACUGGGAGCUGAGCAAGUUGAUCAUCCAACAAUGGCUUUCCAAGAUGAUGAGGAAACUCAGAUGAACUCUUUACAUGGGAAACCUAGUUUAGUAGAGGAAGAAGCUUCUAUGUGCAAGCAUCAGAACUCUUAUGAAACUGACAGUGAUGAUGUCGGAUCUUCUCUAACAGACAAAGAGAAGAAGCAUCAGGAGGAGACAUUUACUGGUAAUAUUAAGGAGAAGGAGCAUCUGAAGCCUUAUGAACCAUGUGCAACUAGCAGUGUUAACAAAGAGAAUUUAAUUGAUAAUGCAGCACAAUUGAAACAGGACAAUUCUUCAGUUGCGGCAGUGGAAAAUCUUGUUGAUUCUGUGUCAAAAAGUAUGGACGAGGAUGAAGAUGAUCAAAAACAUAUUCAGAAUGGAGGUACUGCAUACAGUGUUGAGAAUUGUAUCAUUACUGAACGUGAAAAACUCAAGGAAACAGAUGAAUACAAAAGAGCUCUAGAGCAAGAGUUGGCUUCUCGACGACAAGCAUUAAAAAUUGAGGCUGAAGAAGCACAACGCUUGCGGCAGUUGCGGAGGAGAAAAAAAGAGGAAAGCAUACGGUUACAGGACAUGGCCAAUAGACAAAAGAAGCGUGUGGAGGAAGUACGAGAGACUCAAAAGAAGGAUGUGGAAAAUCUCAACUUGAAGGAGGUAAUACGCUCUCAGGUCAGGAAGGAGCUCAAGAAACUGGAAAUGACAUGCUGCAAUAUGGCUUCGCUGUUGCAUUCUCUGGGAAUCCCUGUGGGUGGUUGGCCUUGUCCAUCAUCAAAUGAGGUACAAGCAGCUUACAAACGAGCAUUGCUGAAGUUUCAUCCAGAUCGAGCUCCGCAAUGUGACAUUCGUCAACAGGUUGAAGCUGAGGAGAAAUUUAAGCUUAUAAAUCGUCUCAAGGAGAAACUUCUACCUUCUUGAUAACGUUUGAGCAAGUUAAUCAUUAUUGCAUCGUAAACCAUAAAUUCUUCAUAGAGUUCAAGUCUCCUCGUAAACAUGCUUUCCAUGCUUGUGAUAUUUCGAGAAAGAAGCCAUUAGUUAGUUAUCAAUUAGGGUCUUUUGUGGUUGGAAAGCAUUCUUUUGUUUGUAAAUUAACUGAUUAUUUACUCCUAUGUGAUUUCCCUAUGAUUGGCUCGACAUUUGUUGAACUUAUGUAUGUUGGUUGAAGAAAUGGAAAGUAUUCGUUACUUUCGGUUGGUACA